AUGGUGAUGCUCAUCGACUGUGACCAGCUGGUUUCGAUGUCCGGGUGUGUCACGCCACCUCCACCUGUCAUGAACUUCAACAUGGCGUCGGUCGAAUCUGGCGAGGAGGGGGCCGAGGUGGCAACACCCAAGUUCGUGGCACAGAUGGAUGGAAUCGCAGCUGAUGCUUUGAACAGCAAGCUGCAGCAACUCCAGGAUCAGGACAAGAUGGAUGAAGCUCGCGUUCUCCCUGACCUUUCCGGCCAGGAGAUGACUGCUAGCAACGGCUUUGCGAAGCUCCCGCUUCCCGCACUUCCUCUUCUGGCGGCACCGUUGCCUCCGCCUCCGCCACAUGCUGUGCAGCGACCGCCAAAGGAUCACCGUCCCCGCGAGCCUGAGAAGCCCAGAGUCGUGAUUUCGAGAGGGUCCGUGGGGCAUCCGGUGAGUUGCGCGGCAGCCUGCAGGUAUGUGAAGCGCAAGGGAGGGUGCCGCGACGGUGCCGACUGCCUUCAAUGCCAUGAGUGCUUCUGGUCGAAGGCAAAGGACGGAGAGGGGAGCCAGGGGAGCAAAAAGGCGGCGAAGGAGGUGGUGCGAAGCCGUAAGACCCCCGAGUCAGAGGCUGAGGAUCUCACGGCCAAGUUUGUGCGGCUCCUCUCCACGGAGGAGCCCAAGUUGCAACCUCCUCCUCUCAUGGACAUGAUGGGCUUCCCACCUGGCUUGGAGGCGCAGCUGAACCCAGGCUCCAUGGGCCACCCGUUCACGUGUGGACCAGCCUGCAAGUAUGUGCUCAAGACCAGAGGGUGCAAGGAUGGAGACAUGUGCAGCCACUGCCACCUCUGCCGCUGGAGCCGGUACUCCAAGGCCCUGAAGCUCUGA